AAACUAACACAGUGGUCUACUCCUUCACCACAUUUCUCUUUCUCUCCCUUUUACAGGAAAGCCAUGAAAGGACAGAACCAUACCUCAACAUCUUCUUGUAAUAUCCAUCCAGUAGAGUUUAUUGAAGGUGUGUGUCCUCUCUGUCUCAAUGAGAAACUUCUAGUCUUGGCUUCUCUACAGAGAAGACAACCUCCAUCUUCUUCUCCUUCUUACCAUAACAUCCAAGAAUCUUCUAAAAAGAAAAACAUCAGACUCUUCUCCUUCCUUGGCUUCUUCGAACUGCGACACCAUAAGUCUUAUCACCAAACCACCUCCACCAUCAGCCCAGAAGAUUCAUUCAUUUCGAUCAAAUUCGAAGACAACGUAGCAACUUCAUGGGAAAAAGAAAAAGAAAAUUUUCAGCUUGAAAACUGCAAGGGUUCAUGGGAUCAUCAAUAUCAUCAACAUGUCAUGCACCAUACGAAGAAGAAGAAGGAGAUUAGUUGUCAGCCCACACCACGUCCUCUACUGACGUGGAGGAAACGUAUUAGCCGGCUCGUACACGUCAUCGGUUUCAGGAAACGUCUAGCGCCAAGGUUAAAGGUGAUGAUUAUAGCUUGA